CGGACGGGCGCGGAGACGCUUCUGGAAGGAACGCCGCGAUGGCUGCGCAGGGAGAGCCCCAGGUCCAGUUCAAACUUGUAUUGGUUGGUGAUGGUGGUACUGGAAAAACGACCUUCGUGUAACGUCAUUUGACUGGUGAAUUUGAGAAGAAGUAUGUAGCCACCUUGGGUGUUGAGGUUCAUCCCCUAGUGUGCCACACCAACAGAGGACCUAUUAAGUUCAAUGUAUGGGACACAGCCGGCCAGGAGAAAUUCGGUGGACUGAGAGAUGGCUAUUAUAUCCAAGCCCAGUGUGCCAUCAUAGUGUUUGAUGUAACAUCGAGAGUUACUUACAGGAAUGUGCCUAACUGGCAUAGAGAUCUGGUACGGGUGUGUGAAAACAUCCCCAUUGUGUUGUGUGGCAACAAAGUGGAUAUUAAAGACAGGAAAGUGAAGGCGAAAUCCAUUGUCUUCCACCGAAAGAAGAAUCUUCAGUACUACGACAUUUCUGCCAAAAGUAACUACAACUUUGAAAAGCCUUUCCUCUGGCUUGCUAGGAAGCUCAUUGGAGACCCUAACUUGGAAUUUGUUGCCAUGCCUGCUCUCGCCCCACCGGAAGUUGUCAUGGACCCAGCUUUGGCAGCACAGUAUGAGCACGACUUAGAGGUUGCUCAGACAACUGCUCUCCCGGACGAGGAUGAUGACCUGUGAGAAUGAAGAUGGAGCCCAGCGUCAGAAAUCUAGUUUUAUAGGCAGCUGUCCUGUGAUGUCAGCAGUGCAGCGUGUGUGCCACCUCAUUAUUAUCUAGCUAAGCGGAACGUGUGCUUCAUCUGUGGGAUGCUGAAGGAGAUGAGUG